AUGAGGCACAGAAACAGAGCGGAUGAGGCUGACAAGCAGAUGAACGAUUGUGGACAAACGGGUUUCGAUGCACAAGCAGAUGGCGGAGGAAUGCUUUUUUUCGAUGGAGCAGUUGAGAAAUGUGAGAGGCCACCUCGACAAAUCGAUGAGGGUAGCUAA